GUGUUCGUGACCUAUAUUGACCUUGUCUGGCGGGUGAAGUUAAAUUAAGUCCACGUCCGGAUGUUAGGGUAUAGCAAUUCGUCAGAUUUUCAAAAAAUUGGCCUAGGUCUUCUUGCAUUUGGGGUUGGUUUCCUUUGUCUCGGAGUACUAUUCUUUUUCGAUGCCGCACUAUUGGCAUUAGGUAAUGUUCUUUUCCUUGCUGGCAUAGGGUGUCUUAUUGGGUUACAGAAAGCAUGCACAUUUUUCUUCCGUCGGACAAGUUUGAAAGGAGCUGCUUUUUUCUUCGGGGGAAUAGCUGUCGUCCUGUUCGGCUUUCCCUUCAUCGGAAUGUUACUAGAAAUUUAUGGCAUGAUUAAUCUGUUUAGUAAAUUCAUUCCUGUGGCAAUCAAAUUCUUGUAUGGUGUUCCAGUGAUUGGUUGGAUAUUAUGGCUUCCGGGUAUUAAUGGUUUUGUUCGCAGACUUAGCCAAUCUAAUUCAAUGGUUUAAAAGUGAUUCCGAGAAGAUUAGAACCUUGACGCCUGUAAUUCGUCAAAUAUUUUUAAUGACUUCUGGACUUAGGGCUUUUUCUAUGUGUACAUUGUUGAUUUAAAGAUAUAUAUAUAUAUAUAUAUAUAUAUAUAUAUAUAAUGUAAAUGUAAAUAUCCGCAUUACUUGAACUAUUCGCCUCAAUUCAUUCACCUCCAUUCUUGCAUGAACUGACUACACACAAAAGAUAUUUUGUAUUUUACUUUAGUGUUCAGCAAAAAUGAAAUUAAACAAACAUCUGUCUGUGUAAAACACACCGUUCUCUUUUUUUUAAAAAAUUGUAUUGUUCAUUGUUCAAUAAUUUUUAUCUGAUAUGUAUUCAUUUAAAUAUCUUUUGUAUAACGUUUACAUGAGUUUGCUUUCCAUUUCAGUUUUUGAAACGAGUCGUAUAAUGAGAGAAUUGGUUGAGGACGUAGUU